AUGUGGAUUCUAAUAGCGAAGAAAGCGGCAAUACAGUUUCAAUCAGAUGAAUAUCACACCGAAGCGCAAAUUAUUCAUAAAAAAUGGUUUGAUUGCGGAAACUUUAGGACUAAUUUUGCAUGUUGUCACUCUUGUGAAACUAUCUGGUUUAAGGAAAACUAUUCAAAUUGGACAACUGGCAAUUUGCAGCUUGAUUCAAUUAUACAAAAAAGCCAAGCCGAAGCAAAUAUAAGUGGCGAUUAUCUUGAAUACAUUCCUUUCGAACAAUUUGAACUGGUUGAAUUCUAUAAAGCUGGGACAUUUAGUGAAAUUUAUUCUGCUAUUUGGUUAGAAGGACUUAAGUGGGAUUGGAAUGAAGACAUUCAGGCUUGGUCGCGAGGUGGUCCAAUAAAAGUAGCGUUGAAAAAGCUUAAAAAUUCUCAAAACUUGAGCAAACAUUUCUUGGAAAAAUUACGGAAAUAUCUACAUUGUCUUCAAUCGGGUAGUAUGGCAGAUACAUUUGGCAUUACGAAAGAUCCAGAGGGGUCUUUUAUAUUUGUAAUGAGAUUUUGUGAGAAUGGUGAUUUUAAUCAAUACAUCAAAAAUAAGGACAUUAACUGGAAAGACAAAAUCGAUUUAUUAUGGGGAAUUAUUGAUGAAUCAAUUUCGACUAGUGGAAGAAUAGCUGAUAUAGGAAUUCAUGGACCAGUUGAUAUUCCAACUGAUAAAUCAUAUGGUGUUCUUUCUUAUAUCGCACCGGAAUUCAUGGACCACGAUUGGAUAACUGAUAUAUGUGAUAAUCCAGCACCGACUGAAAUUAGCGAGGAAUUUAAUGACGCUGAAGAAAGAAGAUGUGAGGCCUUUCAAAUACAGAAAAACAUAUCACAAGAAAUUCAUAAAGAUGCGUUUUACACAAGUCGAUUUUUUAACUUUCAACAACUAAAAGAAAAAUAUGGUGCCAAUACUUAA